CUGACGGUGCGCUCGCCCUCUGCACAGACACACACCGUUAAUUUAGGUUUUUGAUUUUCAUCUGAUCAUGAAGAAAACAACAAACAGCCGUGGAAUUCCUGAAUAUUCUUUAUUAAGUGAGCAUACAAAGCUGAGUCGUUUAAAAGAGGUAGCUCGAGAGACUCAUUUAUACAAGAAAUACCUCUACAAAGAAGACAUCCCUGAUUACCCUCGACCUGAGUUUCAUGUGGCUCAACUGAAACAUGACACACAGCAAUGGGGGCUAAGUGGGAUCCAGGAGGACAGAGGCUUCAAGGAUCCUCACAGAGGCUUGAGGGAUCCGGAGAAAUGGCCCCUGGUGUGGUGGAGUCUGGCUGUGGGGCCCGAGGAGAUCCAGGAGGCUGAGGCGAGACUCCUGAAGAAGACCUACCCAGACCGGACGGAGGAGCAGGCUGCAGAGCAGGAGAGCUUCCUGUGGAGGUUCGCCUCCUCUCCGGCCUUCAGUGAGAAGUCCAUCUUUGGAUCGUACCGCUUCACCUUCACGGUGGAGGAGGUGCUGGAGGCCUACAGCAAGCAGUUUUGCUCCGGAGCUCCGCCCAUCAUGAGGGUGUUCAAAACCUCCCUGUACAAGAAGGAAGUGGUGCAUGUUGUCCUGGUCCACAGCCCGGCCAAUCAGGAGCUCUUCUCAAGGUUUCCUUUGCUCCCUCGUGAUGACCCGGACGCCGUCUGCACUUAUAGAGACGGACGCUUCAUCUGGAGACCGGAGGCCAUGUGUAAGACACACAGCUAUGAGUUGAUCCAAAAACCUGACGAAAACCAGAUGACCGCUGAUGACGUGAGGGGGAGAUUUCCUCCUUAUUAUGUUUGGGAUAAUGUCGCCAUCGCCCUGCACGUGGAGCGCGGACAGGUGCUGAAGUUUGACUGUGACCUUCUGAGAAAGAACCUCACGUUCUGUCGAGAAUCCGAUGGAAAUGUCCCAGAUGAAAUCCAAUUUGAUGACUUCAAAGCUGCUGAAGCGUUGGUGGAAAAAUUGUGGCCUGACUCAGGCCUCCAGCUGAAGGAGGAGCCUUCACUCGAGCAUUUCAAAGAAGAACCAAAGGAGGAACCAAUGGAGCAUGAAGACUCCCAGCAGUGAGACGACUACUGUGUUUUACUUUUCUGAAAACCAAACACUUCAUAGUCGCGUGCUCUCAGCCUGCAGCUCUGAAUCUGAUGUGUCCCCAUGCUGUUAGCGAGGGGGGCGGGGUUUAAAUGCACACUGUCUGUGUUCACGUGGUAGAUGGAGAAUAAAGUUGUU